AUGGACAAGAGCGUUGAGCCUGUCGCAGAGCGGAAUGUCUUCAAGCGUACUCUACGCUUAGAUGAAAAAGAGAGCGAGCUAGCGGUAAAAAAGCCAGCGCUUGUCAAUCCGCUCCAGGACGCAAAUAGCAAUGUAAAUCAAAAGCCCGUGACCCUUACGAACGAACUCGUUCCUGCGAAGCCAGCUGUGGCUCCCGCUCCUACAAUUCAACAAAUCGUGGACGAACACGACCGAAAUGUUCAACUAAAUUUCUCUCCCUACGCACAACGCAUUGUCAAUUCCUGGCUACGAACAGAGGACAAAUUCCGAAGCUUACCGAAUUAUUUAGAUGGUCAGACCGAUGUGAAGAGCUAUAUGCGUGAAACGCUCAUCGACUGGAUUGUGGAAAUGAACAGUCACUUCCGCCACCGCCGUGAAACGUUAUAUCUAUGCGUAAACAUUAUCGACCGCUACGUAGCUGCCACGAUCCGCGAAAAGAAGGACAUGGUGUCUCGCACCAAUUACCAGCUCGUUGGCGUGAGUGCCUAUCUGAUCGCCUCGAAAUACGAAGAAAUCUACUAUCCAGAAAUCCGAAUGAUUCUCCAGUUCGCAGAUAAUGUCUACUCGGAAGACGACGUGAAGAAAAUGGAGCUGAAAAUCGUGAACAUGCUUAAAUACGAUCUCACAAUCCCCACCACAAACAAGUUUUUAGGGCGAUUCCUGCGCGUAGCGUCGAGAGUGAGCGAGUCAUGCGUAGUUAUCCUCGAACAACGACGUGCACUACAUGUGCUAUUUCAUCUGCGAUCGGAUGCUGCAGAGCAUCAGCAUGUUGGCGUGGAAGCCUUCCGUGCAGGCCGCAGCCGCGAUUUAUCUGGCCCGGAAGUACUUCGGGUAUACGGACAGUUGGGUGAGGGAACGCAGGGAGGGAGUGAUGGGUAG